AUUCUCUUCCUAUAUUACAGAAGUGAGAACGACAAUAUAACAUGGCUGAGGGUCGAAAUUUGACUUCAAUAAAAGAUGGCUCAGAUGCUGAUUUCGAGUACACGUGUUCACCUUGUGGGGAAGAUGAUGUCAGAGAAGAAGCUGUAAAGUAUUGCCCUGUAUGUGAGGAAUAUCUGUGUACAUCAUGCACACGACAUCAUGGUCGACAAAAAGCUACACGGUCACAUACGUUAGUAAAUUGUGAUGCGUCAACAAAUGGUACUGCGGUAACCAUGGUUACAAAAUGUCGUUACCAUCCAGAUCGUGACAUUGAAAUGUACUGUGGAGCACAUGACAUGGUCUAUUGUAUGAAAUGUAUUAUUGAUAAUCACAGAUCCUGCAAUGGAGUGUCAAAUUUAGAAGACGUGUCUUCACAUCAGAUACAAGAAAUUGAGCGACUCAAGACGGACAUGAAAACUAUUCAAGAGCGUUUAGAUGACACUGACCAGAAAUUGCAGACGAACAUCAGUAGCCUUGAGAAGCAAAGAAACGAAAUUAUUUCUCAGAUAGAGGGGAUUGAGCAGGAAUUCUUUAAACAUAUCCGUAAGCUGAAGCAUAAAGCAUUGGAAGCUCUGUAUUCAGACUUUUCGUUGGUCAAAGAUGAGAUUGAGACAAAUGUUUCUCAGAUUAGCAAAGUAAAACAAGAAAUUGAGCAAGCAAACAACCAGUUACAGACAGCCGACAGUAUGAAUAUAAGGCAACAAUUUGUACAGACAAAACUGGUACAACAGACUGUAAACAAUGCUUUGAAAGUUUUUAAACAAAGCGAGGCUAAAGGUUGUCAGUUUUUGCGCUUUACGGAAAAUACGAAAUUAAAAUCUUUAAUCAUUGCGUCAACAUCUUUAGGGUCUGUUCAGAAGACAACAGAAAACAACAGUCAGGUAGCAUUAAAGUUGUAUAAAGUAAUUUCACAGAAGAUUAAUAUCAGAAUGAAAAAUGACCGUUAUCAAUGCUACAUCAGUGAUAUAUGUCAACUUGCAGACGGUACAAUCAUACUGGCUGAUAGAAAUAAUAUGAAGCUAAAGAGGCUUGAUGUGAAUUAUGACAUUAAUGAUUGUUUGGAUCUAGAAUCAUAUCCCACAGGUAUCUGUUGUACUGGUAAUACUGAGGUCGCUGUGAAACUGCACAACAACAAAGUUUGGUUUAUAUCAGUAGGAAGCUCAUUAUCUAAGGCGAGAGAUAUAUCUGUUACAUGUGGAGGUUACUGGGGAAUGACAUAUUGUGAUGGAGAAUUGUGGGUAUCUGAUGGAAAUGGUGUAAAUGCAUACAAUAUGACUGGCACAUUGAUAAAGUCGUCUGUCAGAUAUACUGUCAAUGGUCAACACAUAUUUAAAUCAUCUCAACAGCAAAUGGCUGUCAGCGGAGAUACUGUUAUUGUAACAGAUUAUAGUGAUGGUGCUGUCUGUCUGAACAGAGAUAUGACGGUGAAGAGAGAACUGAGAGAUAAAAGGCUUGUCUGGACACGUGGUGUAUGUGUAGCCAACAACGGAACCGUGUUUAUUUCUGGGUAUAGCUCAAACAACAUCAUGAUGUUUGAUAGAGAUAGUAAAUGUCUGGGAGAAUUGGUGGUUAAAGAUGCUGGUCUGGUUAAUCUAACAUCAUUGUUGUAUGAUGACAAGAAAAGCUGUUUAAUUGUUGCAUGUGAUCCGGAUAAGAUCAUAGUUUAUUAUACAUGAUAUAUUUGACAUUAAAAGUAGGAGGAGCAUAUAUCACUGUACUGUUACGAUUCUCAUAUUUUUGUAUAUAUUAUGUGUGAAUUAAAUUUAAUUGAAUCCAUGUAUGGUGAUGUUUGUUGUGAUAAAAUGAAAAUACUUUUCUUAGAGGGUAUUGCAUGUCUUUAAGAUUAAUUUGCUGAAUAGAAGAACAUAUGUUUAUAAAAUAGGACGGUUAGAGCUUAUACACUAGCGUUGUAAUAUCUUAUGAAGUUACGGACACUAGACACUACGUCUCUCUUCACGAAUAAACAUGGUAACCUUUUUAUGAUGUAAUGUUGCAAGUUGUUAAGUAUAAUUAUCGAAUUGUCUCAAUUUCCUGGAUAGUAGUGUGGUGUAGUGGUUAGCAUACCGGACCGGCAAUCCAGAGACCCGUGGUUCGA